CCAUCGGCUCUCAUAGAAUGAAUGCCAACUUCAACUCUUCUUAAGGAUACUGCCUGCAACAGGAUACUACAACAACUUACACCUAAACUACACAUUCACAUACCAGCACCAUGACGGAAGCACCUUUGAAUUAUGAAGCCUCAGCCGGUGUCACCAAUCUCCAAAUCUCAAGAACCUUACCCUCAGAAGUCGUCCAAUGUUUAGAAAAUGCUAGAUUUGUACGUCCUCACCUCAUCAUAACUGCGUCUUGUUCACGGACAAACACUGACUCUACUUGAUACACAGUUACAUCUCGCAACAUGCACCUCCCUCCGCCCUCACGUCUCCCUCAUGAACCACACCUAUCUUCCCAGUACACCCUGGUCUCCUCACCCUACCAUAAUAAUGACCACGAACCCUUCCUCUAAGAAAACUCAAAACCUUCUCGAAAAUCCAAAUGUUUCAUUAUUAGUUCACGAUUGGGUAUCUCAUCGUCCGCCUACUGGAAACAGAGCUUCGAGUCCCCCGAGGAAUACUGGAGGUAGAAGUAGCUUAGCGGAGAUGUUAAUAGGGUUGAAUACGAGUGCGAUAAGUAGUAUUAGUGCGACGAUUAAUGGGGAAGCGAGGGUGGUGGAAAGGGGAGGGGAAGAGGAAAAAUGGUUAAAGGAAAGACAUUUGGAGAAUUGUGUUUUUCUUGGGGAGGAGGGAGUUAGGGCUGGAGAGGGAGAUGGUGGGAGGGUUUUUGUAGAGGGGGAGGAGGUGAGGGUUGUCAGUGUAAAGGUGGGUGAUGGUAGGGUUAGUGAUUGGAAGGGUGCAGUUAGGGAUUGGAUUUUGAGUGAUGAGGGAGAGGGACAGAAUGGUGUGGAGAGUCAGACUUUGUUGAAUGGAGUUCAUUAAGGUGGUUAUCGUGUAGUGGGUAAAGAAGAUCUAAAUUGGGAGUACAUGGCAGUUCAUAACCAUACUUAAAAACUGGUGUCAUAGAUGUGGCAAGGAUAAAUAUUUUUAAAGGCAUUCUGGGAACUUUCAAAAAUCGAGGUUCAUUUAGUUCUCCUUAGCAAUUGUAAAGUUUCGAAUGGCGUUCCCCUAGUAUGGAAAGGAAAUUGAAUGAUCAAUCUUGCAUCAGUUACC